AUGGAAGUCGUUCCGCAAAAUCAGCUUCAAUCACACUGCGGUUCCAACAGAUCGUGCCUAACAGAAAGACAAUCUUCCUCUGUUGUUGCUUCGGUGGCUAUUAAUUUGGCACAUCUUUAUGAAGAUAUAAAUUUAUCGACUGUUAAGACGCAUCCAUCAAGCAGUGACAUACAAAGUGGCCAAAAUAUUGACCCUUUUGUUGAUGAUGAAGUUUUGAAUGGUUAUGAUGAUUCAAUGUUGGAUGUGGAUAUGGAAGAUAAUUUUAUACCAUCCUCAGAAACCUUAGACGCUUGGGGUCAAAACUACCAUAGCAUUGGUAGCUUACUUCCUCCUGAUAGUUUGCGACCAACAUUUGCCCAGCUAUAUAUCUAUGACACAAAAAAUGAGAUUGAUAAUCGAAUAGGCACACGUCGUUCCAAUGAAGCUAUAAAUGAGCAGGAUAGGGAAAUUGUGGCAAUAUUAAGAAACAUGCUAGACAAAUAUAAUAGUUUGGCAAAGAGUUUUUACUAUACAAGAGAUAGGUACCAACAGAAAAAUUGCACAAACAUAAAGCUUAAGUUGAUUAGUAAAAGGACUACAGAUGGCAGGACUUACAACUUGCCAUCUGCAUCUGAAGUGGCUGCAUUGAUUGUUGGCGAUGUCGAACAACUUAGCAAAGAUAGAGAUAUUAUUAUAGAGAGUCAAUCUAGAAAUCUCCAACGAAUUGAUAUUUUUCACCCAUCUUAUUUAGCCUUGCAAUAUCCAUUAUUGUUUUUGUAUGGGGAGGAUGGAUUUCGUUUGGGUAUUGCAACAUCAGAUUCUAUCUCCACUAGGCCUACAUAG